CAAGUCGACAGAGUGGAUUUAUCAGCGAGUCCAAAAACUAUCGGCCACUUGGGACUCGGCACACUGGUUCAUCUUCCAUCCCUUCUUCUGCUCGUCGCAGUCUCGUGUCAGCGUCCGCGUUUGCAGUUGUCGAGGACAAACGUCAUGACGGUGUUCGCUGCAAUGACGAACUUGACGCACUGUUCUUCCUCCCCUUAGAAAGGGUCAGGUUCGAGUCCCACCAAGUGGAUGCGGAUCCUAGUUUCAUUGAGGAGCCAAGUCUUUCGUUCAGUUCAUCGUACGCAAAGUUCCAAAAAUUGUUUUCCGCGAGUCUUCCCAGUCAUCGAAGGA